AUGGCUAACAACACCUUUCGGGACUCUGUCAACUCACUAGGCUGGUCGCGCAGAGACCCGGACUUCCCCGUCCGCACAAAUGCGCCCGGCGACAACUCGGUCUUCUCGCGCUUGCAGUCUUUGAACCCGUUCGGUCAGGGAGGUUAUGUCCAACUACCCACUCACAAUGAAGCCCCCGGCGCACCCCUACCAGCCGCCAAUCGACGCGAUGAGGAAGAUACAUUCUUUGCUUUAAGUCGAUGGGAUCGAAUGCUCAUCUUCGCAGCCUGCAACCUGGGCGCCGCCGUCUGCUUCAUGCUCUGCUUCUUCCUCUUCCCUGUCCUCACUCUUAAGCCCCGCAAAUUCGCCAUCUUGUGGUCUGUCGGCUCCGUCCUGUUUUUACUAUCAUGGGCCGUCCUCAUGGGACCGUGGUCCUACGCUAAACAUCUGGUCUCGGGACCACGACUGCCUUUCACGGCGGCCUAUUUCGGCUCGAUCGCGCUAACCCUCUAUUUCGCCAUCGGGCUCCAAUCUCUGAUCCUCACCGCCUUCUCCUCCGUCUUCCAGCUCUGCGCUCUGGUCUGGUACCUCGUCAGCUACUUCCCCAUGGGCAGCACCGGUCUGCAAUAUAUGGGUCGAUUCGGCGCUUCGCGUGUCACCGCUUGGAUGUCGGGUUGA